UAAUUUGUGAAUCUUCGAUUAUUCCUUAUCUUGGUAAAAUUACAAUCAUUUUUAAAAAUCUAUCGCGAAUGAAAGGUGGGGAGAUUACGUUUGUAUAAAGAGGUUUAUUAAAGUAAUUCACAGCUUAGACAGUCUUUUCAACGCAGUCGAGUGAAUUUUUUUGAAAAAAAAAAGUGCUCUAGAGGUAAACGAAGGUUUUACUUUGUAACGCCAGCGUUUCCUGAAAUAAUCGUAGCAAAAUGAACCCUCAAGGAGAAGGAACUUCGGUGGAGGAAUUUCCUACUGAAGUUUCAGGAUUGACUCACGAAUGUGGUGUCUUCGGAUGCAUCGGUACUGGAAAUUGGCCUACGAAAGUCGACGUCGCUCAGACAAUUUGUCUCGGAUUGGUUGCCUUGCAGCAUAGGGGGCAAGAAAGCGCUGGAAUUGUAACCAGUUCUGGACACGAUGCUAAACAUUUCAACGUCAAGAAAGGAGUGGGAUUAAUUUCGAGUAUUUUUAGCGACGACGCUAUGAAACUUUUAAAAGGUAAUUUGGGAAUCGGACAUACGAGAUAUUCGACCCAAGCUGGAUCUAGCGAAGUUAACUGCCAACCGUUUGUUGUUCAUACCAUUCACGGUGCUCUCGCUAUUGCUCAUAAUGGCGAAAUUAUGAAUGCUUCUGCCCUUCGUCAAAAAGUAUUAUCACGAGGUGUUGGUUUAUCCACUCAUUCAGACAGCGAACUAAUAACGCAAGCUUUAUGUCUAAAUCCACCGGACGACGAACAUUUCCCAGACGGUCCGAAUUGGCCAGCUCGUAUCAAACAUCUAAUGAGAUUAUCGCCUUUAUCUUAUUCUUUAGUCUUGAUGGAAAAAGAUCGUAUUUACGGAGUACGUGAUCCUUACGGAAACAGACCCUUAUGUAUUGGAAAAAUACCAGUCGACGAACAAGAUAAUGACGCCGAACCAGAAGCUUGGGUUAUUUCUUCAGAAUCUUGCUCGUUUAUAUCAGUCGGUGCUACUUAUGUUAGAGAAGUACUUCCUGGAGAAAUUGUCGAAAUCACUAGAAGAGGAGUUCAGACUGUUUCUAUCGUCGAAAGACCUGAUAAUAAGCUGCCUGCUUUUUGUAUUUUUGAAUAUGUUUAUUUCGCCAGAGCCGAUUCAAUCUUCGAAGGUCAAAUGGUGUACUCAGUUCGUAUGCAAUGUGGUAAAAUGUUAGCUCGCGAGUCGCUAGUAGCGGCUGAUAUUGUCAGCUCGGUACCUGAAUCAGGUACAGCAGCAGCUUUAGGAUUUUCCCAAGAAACGGGAAUCCCAUUUUCCGAAGUUCUCUGUAAAAAUAGAUACGUAGGACGAACUUUCAUCCAGCCCAGCGCUCGCCUAAGGAAAUUAGGCGUUGGAAAGAAAUUCGGUAUACUAUCGGAAAACGUAAAAGGAAAAUCGAUUAUAUUAAUCGAUGAUUCAAUUGUGCGAGGAAAUACUAUCGGCCAGAUAGUAAAACUAUUAAAGAACGCUGGUGCUAAAAAAGUUCAUGUUAGAAUUGCUUCCCCUCCUGUUCUGUACCCGUGUUAUAUGGGUAUUAACAUACCUACUAGAGAAGAAUUGAUAGCUAAUCAAUUAGAUAAUGUUAAAUUAGCCAAUCACACUGGAGCCGACUCAUUAGCAUACUUAUCGGUGGAUGGGUUACUCAAAGCGGUUCGACACGGAAUUAAAAAUGAAUUUGUCCAGAAUAGUGGACACUGUACUGCUUGCCUAACUGGUAAAUAUCCCAGUGAAUUGGAAUGGUGAUUUCGCAUUUUGUAGAUUUUAGUCACCUUGAAAUGAGACUUUGUAUAUAUUACGUAUUUAUGCUAAGGUCAUUUAUUAUUUUAAUUUUUUUUUAAAUAUUUUUUUUACGAUUAAAAGUUUAUUUUUAGA